UUUUAUCAAAGUUAUUAUAUCUUUAAAGGCUUUUUUUUUUAGUUCAGGGGAACUAAUUAUAGGUGCGCCAGUAGUCUUGCACUGGAAUGUGUUGUGAAUGGUCGUGAAAUUGCGUGAAACCAACACCAAUGCGCAGUGUGGAAUCAUUCGUUCACAAUGGCGGCGGAUCUCGAUCAGUUUCAACAGCUCUUAAACACACUGCUCAGCACCGAUAACGAUGUCCGAACACAAGCUGAGGAAGCGUAUAAAAAUCUUCCCGUGGAAAAUAAAGUUCAGUUUCUCCUAAGAUUUAUUUGUAAUGCCACAUUUGCUGAAGAUCUGCGCGCGAUGGCAGCAGUUUUGCUGCGGCGGCUCUUUUCAUCCGAAUUUAUGGACUUUUACCCCAAGAUUCCACCAGAGGGACAAGUUCAGCUGAAAGAACAGAUUUUGCUUGCUGUUCAAAACGAACAAAUUGAUACAAUCCGUCGAAAAGUGUGCGAGGUCGCAGCAGAGGUAGCGAGAAAUUUAAUUGACGAAGAUGGUAACAAUCAAUGGCCCGAGUUUCUUCAAUUUCUCUUUCAAUGUGCUAAUGGACCCGUGCCAGCACUGAAAGAAAGUGCGCUUCGAAUGUUCACAUCUGUUCCUGGCGUUUUUGGAAAUCAGCAGGCAAACUACCUCGACUUAAUCAAACAAAUGUUGCAGCAAUCCGUUAUAGACACUGCAAAUUACGAGGUGCGAUUCCAAGCAGUGCGAGCGAUUGGUGCAUUUAUAAUGUUGCACGACAAGGAAGCGAAUAUCCAGAAACAUUUUUCGGAACUUUUGCCAGCGGUUGUUCAAGUGACGGUUCAAUCGGUCGAGAAACAAGACGACGAGGCACUGUUGAAGGUUUUGAUCGAUUUGGCCGAAUCGACGCCAAGGUUCCUUCGACCUCAGCUAGAAAAUAUCAUGGAAAUGUGCAUGAAGAUUUUCUCGAACGAGGAAAUGGGAAAUUCCUGGCGACAGUUGGCUCUUGAAGUCUUGGUGACACUCGCCGAAACGGCUCCAGCGAUGGUUCGCAAGGUCGGGGGAAAAUAUAUCGUUACCCUGGUGCCACUGGUGCUGAAGAUGAUGACGGAUCUCGAGGAGGAUGAGGAAUGGAGUUUCUCUGAUGAGAUUAUUGAGGAGGAUAAUGAUAGUAAUAAUGUUGUUGCGGAAAGCGCUCUGGAUCGACUUGCUUGUGGUCUUGGUGGAAAGACGAUGCUGCCACAUAUCGUACAAAAUAUACCGUCCAUGUUGAGCAAUGCUGAUUGGAAAUACAGACAUGCUGCUUUAAUGGCUAUUUCUGCAGUCGGCGAGGGUUGUCACAAACAGAUGGAGGAUAUUUUGAAGCAGAUUAUGGAUGGAGUCGUUAAUUUCUUACAAGAUCCUCAUCCCAGAGUUAGAUAUGCAGCUUGUAAUGCCGUAGGACAGAUGUCGACCGAUUUUGCACCAACAUUUGAAAAGACUUUCCAUGACAAAGUUAUCCCUGGACUUUUGAUGGUGCUUGAUGACAAUGCAAAUCCUCGAGUUCAAGCUCACGCAGGAGCAGCACUUGUUAAUUUCAGCGAGGACUGUCCAAAACAUAUUUUAAUUCCUUAUUUGGAUGGUAUUAUGGGAAAAUUGGAGUCAAUACUUACGGCUAAGUUCCAGGAAUUGGUUGAAAGGGGAACGAAACUCGUUUUGGAACAGGUUGUAACUACAAUUGCCUCGGUUGCCGACACAUGUGAGGAACAAUUUGUUAAAUACUAUGACAGAUUGAUGCCUUGUCUGAAAUACAUUAUCCAAAAUGCCAAUCAACAAGAACACAAAAUGCUCCGUGGAAAGACAAUUGAGUGUGUGAGUCUGAUCGGUUUAGCCGUUGGAUCGGAAAAGUUUAUCUCUGACGCAAACGAUGUAAUGGACAUGCUGCUGAAGACACAUUCCGAGGGAAACUUGCCAGACGAUGAUCCGCAGACAAGUUACUUAAUUUCCGCCUGGGCGCGAAUCUGCAAAAUUCUCGGCAAGCAAUUUGAGCAAUAUUUGCCUCUCGUGAUGGGUCCGGUGCUUCGCACUGCUGCCAUGAAACCGGAAGUAGCUUUGCUUGACAAUGAGGACAUGGAGGGAGUCGAGGGUGACCUGGACUGGCAGUUUGUUUCACUCGGCGAACAACAGAACUUUGGAAUUAAAACUGCUGGUCUCGAGGACAAGGCAUCAGCCUGCGAAAUGCUCGUUUGUUAUGCCCGAGAACUUAAGGAGGGCUUUGCAGAUUAUGCGGAGGAAGUUGUGAGACUUAUGGUGCCGAUGCUCAAGUUUUAUUUCCACGACGGAGUGCGAACAGCUGCCGCUGAGAGUUUGCCGUGUUUGCUUGAUUGUGCAAAAAUAAAAGGACCUCAGUAUCUUCAAGGUAUGUGGGCGUACAUUUGCCCCGAUCUUUUGAAGGCAAUCGAGACCGAACCAGAGUCGGAAGUUUUGCUGGAACUUCUUUACUCGCUCGCCAAGUGCAUUGAGACUUUGGGCGCUGGAUGCUUGGACACUCAACCGAUGGCGGAGCUCUUGAGAAUUUUGGACAAACUUCUGAAUGAACAUUUCGAGAGGGCUGUUCAAAGGCUGGAGAAACGCCAGGACGAAGAUUACGACGAUGUGGUUGAAGAGCAACUCGCCGACGAAGACAACGAGGAUCUUUACACUUUAAGCAAAAUAGCUGAUAUUCUUCAUGCACUCUUUAUAACUCACAAAUCUGCCUUUUUUCCAUUCUUCGAUCAAAUUUGCGGCCACUUUGUGAAACUGUUGGCACCAGAGCGCGCCUGGUCCGACCACCAGUGGGCGUUGUGCGUUUUUGACGAUGUGAUCGAGUACGGGGGUCCCGACUGUGUGAAAUAUCAGGAAUUCUUUCUGAGGCCGAUGAUUCAGUAUGUGAGUGACACUUCGGCGGAGGUGAGACAAGCGGCUGCCUACGGCUGUGGUGUUUUGGGACAGUUUGGAGGCGAGGCGUUUGCUCAAGCUUGCGCGGAAGCUUUGCCAAGGUUGGUGGAAGUUAUCAGCGAUCCGAAAUCGAGAGCCCCGGAAAAUGUCAAUCCAACGGAAAACGCCAUCUCGGCUGUCACGAAAAUUCUCAAAUUUAACAGUUCCGCCAUCAACGUCGAUGAAAUGCUUCCGCACUGGCUCUCUUGGCUGCCAGUUGUGGAGGAUGAAGACGAAGCACCUCAUGUGUACGGAUAUCUUUGUGACUUGAUAGAAGCAAAUCAUCCUGUAGUUUUAGGAAUUAACAAUGCUAACCUACCGAGACUAAUCAGCUUCUUUGCGGAAGCACUUCACAAAGAAGCGAUCCCCGCUGCGAAUCCAGUUAUGGCAAGAGUUGUCGGUAUAGUUAGGCAAAUUCAGAACAACGAAACGAUGUUCCAAGCAUGUAUAACCGCUUUGACGCCCGACCAACAACACGCUCUCCACGAAGCACUAAGUGUACCAACUAAUUAAAUUUCGUGCUGCAAACACCCUAAUUUUAAUGUCGUAAUUUAAAAAAAGAAAAUCCGCGUUUACAGAACCUGCGAUAAAAAAUAAACAAUCACAGAGACUAAAGGUAGCUAGAUAGAUCGAUCGAUGGUUCGUCUCAGCCUAAACGACCACCACGAAAAAGGGUGCAUUUGACUUUUUUUUUUGCCUACUCACUGUUACUGUUAAAUAUUUUCCACAUCACGAUAAGCCCCCUCCUUCUCCUUCUCUUGCAAAAAAACCCCCUCUCUAUUAAUGCUCGAAACUGUUGCAAAUUAUCGUCGGUAUAAAUAUUGUAAAAUAAAAAUGAAACCGGGCUCCUGCUCGCACUGGCGAAACUCUCUCUAAUCACUUUUGUUCUACCCUUUUUUGCUCUGUUUACUUUUUUUUUCUGCACUUUACUGUGAAACUAUCUUGACGAAGGUGCCGCGCAAUAAUAGUUUGAAAUUCAAUUUUUGAACCAACAAGAUUGUUGUGUUGCCUCAAUAAUAGUUUGAAAUUAAAUAUUUGAAUCAACAAGAUUGUUGUGUUGCCGCAAUAAUAGUUUGAAAUUCAAUUUUUGAAUCAACAAGAUUGUUGUGUGACCGAAAUAAUAGUUUAAAAUUCAAUUUUUGAAUCAACAAGAUUGUUGUGUUGCCGCAAUAAUAGUUUGAAAUUCAAUUUUUGAAUCAACAAGAUUGUUGUGUUGCCGCAAUAGUAGAUUGAAAUUGAAUGUUUGAAUCAAUAAGAUUGUUGUGUUGCCGCAAUAAUAGUUUGAAAUUCAAUUUUUGAAUCAGCAAGAUUGUUGUGUGGCCACAAUAGUAAUUUGAAAUUCAAUUUUUGAAUCAAUAAGAUUGUUGUGUUGCCGCAAUAAUAGUUUGAAAUUCAAUUUUUGAAUCAACAAGAUUGUUGUGUUGCCGCAAUAAUUGAGAGACGGCAUUUUAAUUUUGGGCAGUCGGCAUUUGUUGAUCAUUUUCCGAGUGCGGUGGUAAUAAUUUGGACACGAUAAUUAUUAUUGAUUGGUCGACCAUAUAGGAACAUGAUAAUAUUUACAUUUUGAUGCUAGAAUCGUUUUGGAGGCGACGCGAAUUUCGAUCGAAAUUGGAGAGAGAAACAGCAACGUUACGUGCGAAAUUUUAUAGACCUAAUAAUAUUGUAUCUGUAAAUAUAUGAAAGGCGGCGAUUUCGUCAUUGCGAUCUUGCGCGUCUUUAUCCUCUCCCAUCACUGAAUGAUAAACAGAAAAGAAAAGAAAAAAAGAAGAAAAAUUAUUGUCACUCCGAUUUAAUGGCAGAGUUGCCUUCACGAAUUGACAAAUUUAUGCAAAGCAAAAUAGACUGGAAAAGCCGCUAACUCUCAUUGCCAUUGCUUGCUGAUGGCAAUGAUAUUGUGAUUUAGGUAUUUUUAUUAUUAAAUUUAAGUACGAUAAAUGUUAUUUAAUGGUAAUAUCUAUAAUAUCGCAACGUUCAAGUUAGAUAGGACGGUGUAAGAGUGCCUCUCGAGUGAAAAUGAACAGACUUCUUACUGAUCCGCGCAGCCAAACUUGCUCUUUUUUAAACAGCCGAUUAAAUAUAUAUAUAUAAAUAAUUGUAGAUUUCAAAAGUUUUUUUGAUUUGACGAUAAAAAGAAAAGGAAUAGAAUUUUCAGUUUUAGGUGUUUUUAUAGAAAAAUUUGCUGACUAAAUUAUUAUUAUUAUUAUGAUUAUUAUUAUUAAUAUUAUAAAGUGCUUUGUCCUCUUAGAUGGAUUAUCGAUAAAAUUGGUCACUAUCGAAAAUAAAUUGACAAAAAAGUCCAUCCAAAUUUUUCUUUACACAUUGGUAGAGUUGGUUUUUCUUGUAAAAACUAAGUAUAUUUGACUGAUGAAAUAGAAUGUGCAACGAGAGAUUCUGUAUCGAAUUUUUAGGCCGAAAUUCCUCAACGAAAUAUUGGAAAUACUUUGAAGAUAUUUUAAUUUUGAAAAUAAAAUAUUCGUGCUACGAUAUUGUUUGUUUUUGGUUACCGAUUUUGCAGUUUUGACGAGAAUGAUCUUUUCGAUCGACAGGCGAAAGAAAGUCUAUAAAAGCCGUCGUCAUAUUAUAGGGGAAAGAAGUUAAAUUACCAAGGCGGACUCGGUUUACAGAAUACUAGUUUUGUUAUAAAUCGUGAGAGAAAAAAAUGGGUUCUGUGAAGGUGUUCUGUAUAUAUUGUGAUGAGUACGAUACAUCAUGUUAAUUGCAAAUUCCGAUUUGAAUGAUAAUCAUGAAUUCUCGCAGAUUAAGGUUAAUUAUUAAAAGAAGGAUCAUUGAGCGCCAGAUGAAACUGGCGUUGGAUUGUUUAAAUGCAAUAUAUGAAGCCGUAUUAAGAGACAUAGAAAAAAAGCGAAGUCGCAAUGAUUGAAAAUUAAUAAGAUAAGGAUUAUAGAAAUAAUUAUUUUAAAGUUUAUUAAUUAAAAUAAAUCUCAGCUUUCUAA